CAGAAAGUCAAAACCGCGUCGUGAACUCUCCAAAUUGCAAUUCAGAUUCCUCUAACUACUUAAACUUAAUUCCUACCUUGUGAAAUUGGCAACUUGGUAUGUAAAUAUUAUGAUAUCGCAAGUGUGAUAUCUUACAUCUUGAUUACUGCGUUGAUUUCAAGGAGACAUAGUCGUGACAUAAAGCAUUCACAUAAUGACUCGCCAGUCAUCUCGGCUUAAAAAGCCCAUUGUGGAGAAAACUACUACUACUAAACCUGCUAAAAGCAAACCCACCAAAGAAAUCGACGAGAACGAGGAAGAUCCCUCUAUUGAGGAUCCAAAGACAACCAAGAAGCGAAAAGUAGCCCAAAGCUACGUCAAAGAAGAGGACGACGACGAAGAAGAAGAAGAAGAAGAAGCCGUCGUCGCUGAAAAGCCCAAGGCUGUAAAGAAACGCAAGACUACCAAGGCUAAGAAAGAGGACUCCAUGGUCCUCGCUCAGCGUACGGUGGUUAGCACCCUUAAAAAGUCUAUGUACAUUGGCGCGCAUGUUAGUAGUGCAGGAGGCGUACAAAACUCAAUACCCAACGCCGUUAAUAUCGGCGCGAAUGCAUUCGCAUUAUUCCUUAAACCUCACCGAAAAUGGGUUAGCCCCCCCAUGACGAAAGAGGCCAUCAGCGGCUUCAACUCGCAGGCUCAAGAGCAUAAAUUCCAGGUGUGCAACCACUGUCUCCCGCAUGGCUCCUACCUCGUCAACCUAGCCCAGGCGGACAAGGACAAGGCGCAGCAGGCGCACGACGCUUUCGUCGAUGAUCUGAUGCGCUGCGAGAGUCUCGGCAUCAAGUUGUACAACUUCCACCCGGGGAGCACCGGCGGUGAUACCAAGGCCAACGCCAUCGGCCGGAUCGCCGCGCAGCUCAACAAGGCCCAUGGUAUGACGAGCAACGUGGUUACGGUCCUUGAGAACAUGGCCGGGCAGGGCAACGUUAUCGGCUCGGCGUUUGAAGAUCUGCGGGACAUUAUCGAGCUCAUCGAUGAUAAGAGCCGGGUGGGCGUGUGCAUUGACACGUGCCACACCUUCGCCGCAGGUUACGACCUCCGCACCCCCGAGGCCUUCGAAGCCACCAUGAGCGAGUUCGACAAGAUCGUCGGAUACCGCUUCCUCAAAGCCCUACACCUGAACGACAGCAAGGCGCCGCUGGACAGCCACCGGGAUUUGCACGCCAACAUUGGCACAGGCUUCCUCGGCCUGCGCGCCUUCCACAGCGUCAUGAACCACGCCCCCUUCGAGGGCCUCCCCAUGGUCCUCGAGACCCCCAUCGACAAGCCUGCCCCCGACGGCAACGGCAAAGCCGUGGAGGACAAGCAGGUUUGGGCCGACGAGAUAAAGCUCCUGGAGAGCCUCAUCGGCAUGGACCCCGACAGCGACGAGUUCAAAGCCCACGACGCCCGCCUGCAGAAAGAGGGUCUCGGCGAGAGAAACCUGAUUCUCAAACAGGUCGAGCGCAAGGCCGCCGUAGAUGCGGGGAAGUCGAAAAGGGGCAGCAAGCCGAAGAAGACGACGACAAAGCGAGGGGCCAAGGGGAAGAAGGCGGAGGUUUCUGAGGAUGAAGAUGAUUCGGACUGAAUAAACAAAUGAAUGAAUUGUAUCAUGUAAUAAUGGAUUAAUAAAAGUCUAACCUAGGUUAUUACUACCUAAUACCUGCCUGCAUAGUAGGCUACUUGGUAUUAUUCCUCUUCUGUUGUGAUUAAUGAUCACAUGUACAGACAUCACCGAAUGUAAAACUAGCACGGAAAUUUAAUUCAAAGCAUUUUUAAACGAAGAAAAAAA